AUGGCACGAAGAAAGAGAAUAGAAAUGUGCUGUAUUCAGACAACUUCCAACCUGAGCCUGCUGCCGAUUCUGAGUAUCUUCUUAGUGACUGAUUCAGCAAUGAGCUUAAUUUUGGGUGGAGUACAGCCACAGCGUGAGAGUGAUGAAAUUUUUGAUCCAGAAAACUCUUCACUGAAUGUGCUGGUAGACACAAAAGCUGUGCUUUCCUGUCCUGUUGUUUCACUGGAAAAUGUGAUUGUAGUAACAUGGAAAAUACUGUUCAGAGACAACAGUAAUUGCACCAAAGCCCAUUCCAAAGAGAAAAAUGAGAACAUGGACAACUGUACUGAUAAACGAAUAACCUGGCUCUCUACACCUGACCAGAAGCCUGCCCUUCAGAUUGAUCCAGUGGCCAUUGUUCAUGAUGGACUUUACAGCUGUGAAAUCUCAUCACCUGACGGACAUUUCCAGCAUGACUAUGACCUCCAAGUGUUAGUACCCCCCAAGGAGAGCAUAUCUCUAACUGCAGAUGGAACUGUGCUGUGCAAAGCUGUUGGAGGGAAGCCGGCUGCACAGAUCUCCUGGAGCCCAGAGCGGAAUUGUUCCACUGAGCAACAAGACCAGGGUGAUGGUGUAGUGUCUGUGCAGAGUCAGUGCCACUGGGAGGUGAACAAUGUGACCACUGUGACCUGUUCUGUCUCCCACUUGACUGGAAACAAGAGUCUGUCCUUACAACUACAUCCAGAUCAUGAAAAUUCAGAGGUGCAAGCUAACUGA